AUGCAACAUGCAGUGGGUAGACUGCAAUGUUGGCUUCAUGUAACCAUUCCUGUUUCAAAAAUCUGUGCAUCACAUGGAACUGUUCAUGCAAGGCAGCUGCUGACGGUAUACAUGAAUGUGGGGAUGUUCCAAAGGAGCUUUAAAGGCAAACAGAACUUUGUGUGCAGUGAGCAAGAUCACCAAUAUACUCGUUCCAUUUCGUGUUUUGUGUUGUAUGGAACUGGGCUGUCCAGAGCUGGCACCAUAUUGUGCCUGGCCCCAAGCCAGCAUAGUUGUCAUUGUGUCAGUAGAUCUGUUCAAUGGCCCUCCAGCCAUGCUGUGGUGCUCCACAGCCAUUGUGUGUCAUAG